CUGGAAAGCCUUACUCAGCCUCCGAUCGACCAGAAACACCACAAACACACACUCUGAAAGCUUGGACACUCCGAAAACAAACAGCAAACGACUGCAUUCAGAAAGCAACAAGAUAAAAACAAACAAAAAACAAGCAAACAAGCAAACGCAAAGAGAAAGCAAAAACAAGAACACGGACAAGAACGGAGGAACAAGCGAGGGCUUUGGAUGACAUCGAAAGUCAACAACAGGACGACCAAAAGCGACCCUCUCUCAAAUGACUGGUUCACUCGCACUCUAAAGAAAAACUAAUAAACAAACAAAUCACUCCCACCACCACUCCCACAAGAACAAGAAAACUUUGUCACCUGCCCUCAGCCUCCAAGCCGCAACAAUGCCUCUCAGGUUGGUUGGCCAACCAUUGCUCUACACUAUCUCAAUCUUCGCCAGUCUUGGAGUCUUCCUGUUUGGAUAUGACCAAGGUGUUAUGUCAGGUAUCAUCACCGGCCCAUACUUCAAGGCCUUCUUCCAUCAGCCCACUCGAUAUGAACUUGGAACCAUGGUAGCCAUCCUGGAGAUCGGAGCAUUCAUUACCUCGAUUAUUGCAGGCCGGAUCGGCGAUAUCUUCGGUAGACGAAAGACCCUCUUCAUCGGUGCCUUGGUCUUCACCAUCGGCGGACUCUGUCAAUCGCUUUGCUCCGGAUUCACCUCUAUGGUCUUCGGUCGAGUCAUCUCCGGUUUCGGCGUCGGCUUUCUAUCUACAAUUGUUCCGAUUUAUCAGUCCGAAAUCUCACCCGCAGAUCACCGAGGAAAACUAGCAUGCAUGGAAUUUACGGGCAACGUAUUUGGCUAUGCGGCCUCGGUAUGGCUGGACUAUUUCUCGUCGUUUAUCGAGUCGGACUGGUCGUGGCGGUUCCCGUUAUUUUUCCAAUGUGUGAUCGGGACGAUCCUGAUGAUCGGCUCCCUGUUGAUCCCUGAAAGCCCGCGAUGGCUCUUAGAUACCGACCAAGAUCGGGCCGGGAUGAGGGUGCUUGUGGACUUGCAUGGCGGCAAUCCGCGGGACGAGAAGGCUCGUCAGGAGUAUACUGAGAUCAAGGAGGCUGUCCUCGACGAUCGUCUCGCUCCUGACCGUUCCUAUCUCGCUAUGUGGACUAGGUAUCGUGGUAGAGUCUUGCUGGCUAUGUCCGCCCAAGCAUUUGCACAACUCAAUGGAAUCAAUGUGAUAGGAUACUAUGCUCCGUUGAUUUUUGAAUCUGCUGGAUGGAUCGGUCGGGAUGCGAUAUUGAUGACCGGUAUCAAUGGGACGGUUUAUGUAUUCAGCACAAUUCCAACAUGGUAUCUGGUGGAUGUGUGGGGUCGUCGGUUCAUCUUGCUCUCGGGCUCGGUCGUCAUGGCUUUAUCGUUAACUUUUAUGGGUUGGUUCCUGUAUUUGGACACCACUUACACACCCUUGUCGGUUGUGGUUUGUGUGUUGAUCUACAAUGCGUUUUUCGGGUAUUCGUGGGGGCCAAUCCCUUGGCUAUAUCCUCCCGAGAUCAUGCCUCUACCCUUCCGUGUCAAGGGUGUCUCGAUCAGUACGGCUACUAACUGGUUCUUCAACUACCUGGUCGGUGAGGCUACCCCAGUUCUUCAAGAUGCGAUUCGCUGGAGACUGUAUCCUAUGCACGCCUGUUUCUGUGUGAUGAGCUUCAUUCUCGUAUAUUUUGCAUACCCUGAAACCUGCGGGAUUCCACUGGAGGACAUGGAUGAAUUGUUCGGAGAUGUAGGACUAGAGGAUCAUGAGAAUCAAUCGCUAGUCAAUUCCGAGCGUUCCUCGAUCCAACGAGCCUUGGAGCCUCCCGAUCUAACUGCUCAAAGCCUUGACGAUCAUCGUCAUCAAGAUGAUCAUAACAUCGGCAAAUCAUUUCAUUCCAGUUGGUUUGAUCGGAUCACGGGCUUUAGGAAAAACCCCUCUCGGUCUAAUCUUGGUUAUCAGACUGCCGCCCCUGAUGAUCAUUAGAAGAAAUUGUCCCUCGUCUUAUUAAACCUCUUUAAACCUCAUCGAUCUCUUUCCAUCUUACUUUCUUAUCCACUUCUUUUCAACUUCACUUGAUAAAAUCAGACCCGCGCUUCUGGAUUCCUUUUCUCCAUUUUCAUAUACUCAUUCAUUCAUCUAAUCCUUCGAUCCAAGAGUUUUCCUCUUUUUUUUUUUUUUGGCGACACACAUUUGGUUAUUCUUACUUUUGUCAAACAAUCAACAAGCAGAUUUUCUUACAUAUGCGUCUUUUUGUUUCUUCCAAAAUAAAUUCUUCUCCCUCCCUCCCUUUCUCCACAAGAAGAUUGCUCUUUUUGAUCCCUCACCAUCUCCCUCUCUCUCCCUCUCUCUCUUUAUGUAGUUCUUUAUGUUGUUAUUGGAAGCUUUUAUCGCGGUGGUUGGUGGUGGUUGAGUUAGACCUGCUCGCAGGGGCUUUUUUUCCCCUCUGUAGUGAAUUGUUGUUUGUUGUAUGUAUGACGGUGUUUUCGGCCCUUGGUGGGGAGAGAUCAUGAUGUGUUGUUGGUGCUAUAUAUUACUAUAUGAAAAAAAGAAUAUCGUCGUUUUACUUUACUUUUUUUUUGUCAUGACCAUACAUCUAUUUUUUUGUUGUGUGUUUUUUUUUUCUUCUACAUUGGUUUUCAUUCGAUCCCAAUUGAUCUCCGUCCUUUCCUUUCUUUUUCGACCUGCUCUUUAUCCUUUUUUUUUUUUUCUUUUUUUUUUUUUGAGUUUUUAGCUUAGAUUUUUUUAUUUAUUUUCUUUCUUUCUUUCUGAUAUAAGAAAACAAUGGUUAAACACAAAGGGAACUUAAAAACCCCAUUGGUCAUCCUCUGUUUGUAACAAAAAUUAUAGUCACAAAUAGAAAUUGAAUUCAUACGGGAUUUA